AUGCGCCGCGCGCCACGACUGCCUGUGCUGUGCACACUUCCCCUGCACGUACAACGUUGGCGAUACAGCACCCCUGCGCCGGCGCCUGGAGAAGCGCUGCCGUUGCCGUCGACAAAGACAGUCCCACAGACUGAGGUGGGUGCCUCGAAGGCGCCACCACCAGCAACCUCGUCGGGGGCCCCUCAUUCGGGCUCUGCCACAGACCAGCACAGAGGCGCCGAUGCCCCAUAUCGAUCGCUAUACCCCCGAGUGAAGCUGCGUGCCACAACGCAGGAACGCCCCUACAAGCAGAGAGACUUUGUAACCUUCGAAGAGGCUGAGGUGGGCAAUGGGCAGGGACCUCGCUCAGAGGACGAGUCUGUGCAAGUUGCACCUCUCUCCUCCGCGACUGCCGAGAGCAGCAGUGCCGCCGUCUCCUCAGAUCAUCAGCGUUCCCACACGCCAUCGUCGCUCGCCGCGCAGGCAGAAAGUCGGUGUCUGCUUAGCAACCCGAUGGAAGGCAACGAGGUUCAGCAGUUCCUCGAUGAGGUGCAGAGACAGGUCGAUGUCGCGCGGCACGCACGCAACCAAGCCAUCCCCUUCCCCCAAAAUCCGGGGGCAAACAGUCCAGAGUUUCGCCGCAUCAAGCGGCAUGCAAAAAUGAAGAUUGAGGUGCCGGACCCCGACUACCCCACAUUUGCCCGCAAGGAUCAAGCGCUGCAGCUUCCCCCGCCGCAGGAGCACCCGUGGGUGCGGAAAAACACCCCGAUCGGCCCCUUCAUUCUUCACGGCGACGGUCAAAUCCACCAGACGGGCGGAACGGGGCAGGUAGACUUCGAUGAUAACUCAGUGAAUGAGAAGCUGCCGAAGUCGUACCGUGGACUGCAACACCGGUCGACGCUGCAGCGACAGCUCCCGCAGGACAACGGCCGCGUGCUUCAGGAGGCUGUCAUCAAGCACAGUUUCACGCUGACCGGGCGAGGCGUCUUUGCAACGCGGCGCAUUGCGAAGGGAGAGACAAUCAUGAUUGUCCAGAGCACUGCGCGCAACGUCGGUGUGAAGGGCGAACUGCAGCGACUGGAGGAGAUGUGCACCGAUAUCCUCAUCGCCUGCCGCGACGGCGACGUGCGCGCGUGCGACUACCUGCACGACUGGGUUCUGACUGGGCAACCCUCCUCCCUGGUGGAGCACUGGCCUGCCUCGAGCACGUUGCGUGUGAUGGACGCGAUCGGCGGGGCGGACGUGCUUGAUGCACUGGAGCUGCACCCAAUCCACAUCGCGCGCAUGGCCGCUAUUAUCGACUUGAACAGUUUCCUCGUUGAGAGCAGCAUUUCGGAACGCAGAGGCAUGGCCUAUUUUCCCGAGGCUGGUUUCCUGAACCACAGCUGCGCACCGAACGCGACGUACGACAUCAUGCCGGAGCACGUCUUUCGCGACACGGACUACUACCUGGAUGAGGCAACGAGGACCACAGCGGCAGAGGCGGGGGAAGACGAAAAUGCAAAGAGUCCCGCAACAGCCACAGACGAUGCCAGCACGAGUUCAGCAGCAGAGGAAGGUAUCUCGGCAGGCCAGGUCGCCAUUCGCAACGGUGUGUCACAAGGGCAGCGCAACGUGGCGUUCUUCGACAGCGAGGAUAACUUCACGGCUUACCCGGACCUCACCGAGGCCGAUGCUCCGGUGUACCUCUUCUGCUGCCGGGCCGAGAAGGAUAUUGAGGUCGGGGAGGAGAUUGUCAUCAGCUACGUGCCCCCGCAGUGGUCCUUUGACAACCGGCAGUACGUCCUGCACGACCGCUAUCGGUUCUGGUGCAAGUGCCCCAAGUGUUCGCCUGUGCUCGACAAGAAGUACGCGCGGGUGCCAAAGCUGAUUGUUGCCAUGGUGAUGGUGAGCAUUGCGCUGCAGCUCAUGGUUUUCCGACAGCGCAACCUCAAAAACUUAGUGGACGAGGACUACAAGCAGCUGGCAGCGAUGUCGGAAGAGGAGCGACUAGAGGAACUGCGUGCGCGCGGCAUCGACGUGGAGGCGAUGGCGGCGGACGCUGUCAAGCGACGCAAGCAGCGACGCGUCGGGCUUUUUGAGAUGCUCGAGGAAGAGCGGCUGAGCCGCCUGUACGAGCCGGAGAAUCGUGGUCCCAUGAACAUCGUGAACCGCAUGGAUGCACACGCAAGGCCACCACGGUAG